CGGGGCGGGAGGAGGCUGCGCCGCCGCUGUCCGCAUGGAUCCGGGCCAGGCGUCGUACCGUUUGCGCAAAAGGAAGUCUCCGCGGCGCGCGCGGCCCGGCGGUUUAGACACGGAGGACAGUCUGGCCAGCAGGAAUAGACCUAACUAUUUGGAGCCUUGGAUUGUGACUCUUCUGCUGGAGUACAACGAAUCCGUAACCAAAACAGAUGGACAGAUUGGACAUGUCCUGAAGGUUUUGAAUGAGCCGAAGGUUCACCAGGAUGCUGAGCAGGGCCCAGAAACGAUUCUGUGUAUUGGAGAUGGACAUCACUAUAUUGAAGUGGUGGUUGCAGCCAAGGCUGGUGAAAUGACAAAAAGCUCUAUAGCUCAGUCUGGAUUUUCUGGUAUUAUUGGCCAAUUCAUCAUCUUGCAGAAUUAUAGAGUGAGUUUUAAAGCGGCAACUGAAAUGGAAGAUUGUCAAUUUUAUCUCAUCCUUGAGUGUUUCCGUGUCAUGCCCAUGAAGAGGGAGGAGAAGAGGCUGCGGGAUUGCAAUCAGGAGCCGUCAGUCCUGCAAAAGAUAAAGGAACUAUGGCAGAAAAGCUUUGUCCUGCAACCGUGGUUCAGCUCAGAAUCACCAUCUGUUUCCCAAGUAUUGAAAGAGAUAAACCAGGAUCAACUGAGCACUUUGAAACAAAACGCUAAGGAUUGUCUCAACUUAUUGGACCCCAGCAAACUGUUGGAUUCUGAGCAACUGGCAGUGUAUCCUGACACUAAAUGGCAACUGGAACGGAAGCAAGAUAAGAUGCACCAAGACAUCUUUACUAUUCCAGCUAAGUUCCUGGCAAUCAGUGCAGAAAAUGAGGCAGCACUUUCCCGAUCCUACACGUCAAAGACCCCUCAAGCUGUCCCUGAAGCUGAUGAAAAUAUUCAAGAAGAUGACCGCAGUACUAUAUCUUUUUUCAGUGCAGCAGAUUCCACAAGUUUGGAUGGAUCCUUAGAAAAUCCCUGGGAUGCAUUCCCAGGAAUAACUUUGAGCUCCUCUAGUGAUACUUCUGGCACAUCCCCUGGCCUUCCCCAGACACAGCAGAUGCUCCUGGCCAGUCCUGCUGAAGAAGCAAAUCCACACUCCAAUGCUUGUGCCUCAGAUUUCCUGGAGCCUUGUAAUAAUAUGCCUCACUGUAGUUCUGAGCAGGCUGCACCAGUGCGGUCUUCAACACUGCUUCAUUCUCAUGACAGUGAGUUUCCCAAGGGAGCUGCCAAUCAGGAAUCUGGUCUGAUUGCAUCAACUACAGCAAGCCAGGCCAGUCAAAUUGCAGACAACAUUCCUUGUGGUCAGCCAUUAAACAAAUCUCAUCUUCACAGCUCUGUGCAUCUUUAUUCUCCUGUUUGUCAUUCCACUGAGGGCGACUUCUUUGAGCGGGUGUCUGAAAAUAGGAAGGAUUGCCUAUCCCAUGCACAGAGGGCUAAGAGGAUGACAGCUAGAUGGAAGUACCUUGAAACAGCGAAAUGUGUGUCAUCUAAAAGGAAACAGAGGCCAAAUGAAGAGGAACCUUCUGAGACUUUUUCCAGUCCGACCUGUAGUAAUAAUCUGGAAGGUGUAGGGCAGUGCUCUACUGAGACUGUUGCAAAAUCUACUAAUCCCAGUAAGAAACAUCAGUAUCCUCCCCUGAAAUUUGUAAGUACCCCCAAGAAAAGACGGUUCAAGGAAAUCCAGGAUCAACAGUCAUGUGUAUGUCCCCAAUGUGGUUGUACAGAGAGACUUCUAGAAAAAGGGAGUGAGCAGGAACCGAUAGGAAUCAUCAUGAGGAAAUCAAAGCAAAUUGGAGUUCAGCAAAAGGAGAGUGUGAAAGGAGACCGUUUGCACAACCCACCAACCCCUGAGCUCUGCUCUCAAGUGCAAUCUGUAAGGAUCUCAAGAGCAUUACUGGGAUGGGCACGCUGGGUUUUCAGCAACACGCAGAACCAAUAAACUCCCCAAGAUUCCUUGAUCUCAAGUUGAAUUACCUAGACACUUUUGCUAUGUUAGGCUGUUUUGUUCUUUAUUAGAUUUUUUGUUAAGAUAGAUCUGUUUUAAUUUCACAUACAAAAAGAAAAGGAACCCAUCGCAUUUUCCUCUAAGGUUGUUCGGAUGUCUGGAGCAAAGACUGCUUUGAUUUUAGGUACAAAGAUGUGCCAGCUGCUUCUUUAGGGGAUGGCAGAAUGACAACGCCAUAAUACAUAAUGCUCCUGUUUAUAUAAAUUAUAAAUGGGACUCAGCUAUAAAUGUAAGCUGUUUGUAUAUUUUUGUUUUGUAACUUGUUAAAAUAAACUGGUAACGAUCACAGCUUGUCUUGUAUGUCCUAAAGAUUUUUUUGAGCAGGGGAAUGCUUUCUGUUUUUUACAGUUAGUUGUAAAUAGAAUGUAAAGAAAUUUAGUCUUUAAAAUUUGACAUAUGGAAACUACUCUUCCUAAGCUAGUGAAAACCGUGCAGUUUUAUCUGCAGUGAGGGACAUAUUUAAGGAGCUUAUCCCUUUUUAAAGUUAAAGAGGAUCUGCAGCAUAAAUGCUUAUUUGAGCUGGUCCGCAACUUGCUCAAAUUAUUGUAUUCAGUUUUCUCCCUUGGUAAAUUUACACUUAAAGUAUAUUCUCUGGCCAGUAAUGUCUAAAUGUUACAUGUUGAGCAAUUUACUUGUGUCUUAGAAUUAUGCUUCCCACAGGUGGCUUCUGAGUUUGUAGAGCAUACAUCCAUAUACAGUAGCGUGUAGCUACAGCCACACAGUGGUGUUUAAUCCAGUUCAGAACACAAAAUGAAAUUGUGGGAACAAACUAUCUGUUCCAGACUCUGGUUUCUUAUAGUUGUCAGGUGCCACUAGUAAGCCUGCAACGCAUGAAGGCUAAUACUCUCUCUGAUAUGAUAUAAUACAGAGUUUAUAUCUUUCUGCUUCUAAAGAAGGAAGUUCCAUGAGUAUCAGGUUAUGCCUGAUACUCAUGAAUUUGUUUUAUCCCUUUUAGAGCAUUAUAAGUAGUGAAUAUAAUUGCUUCUUGAGACUAUAGCUUUCAUAAUUCAGUACUGUAUAAAGAAGAGCUUUGUCUAUUCUCAAUCUACUGUCAGUUUCAUUAACUAUGAAGCAAGGCGAUAUUAAAUUUGUAGAGCACUUCCCAGGAGACAGAUAUGCUAUGUGUCAAUAAGGUAGCUGAGUGUGGCGUGGAGAAAGGCAGUAUGACAGAAGAACAUAAACAUUCAUUACUAUACUAGAAAUACAUCUAAUGAAGUGCUAUACAACUUUAAACAUUUCUUGCUUGAAGUGAUGAAUGGUUUAUAUAAUGGUAUAUAUUUAUAAAAAUGUCAUAAAGGAAGUAAACAACUGUAUGGCAACAUCAAUAUGAAUUAAAA